AUGUCCAACCCCUGGGGCGGCCUCGGUGGCGCCGGCGCGUGGGCGCUGGACGCCGAGCGCGCCGAGGAGGAGGAGCGCGACGCCGCCGCGGCCCCGGCCCCCACCCCCGCCCCCGCGGCGGGCUUCCCCAGCCUCCGCGAGGCCGCCGCGGGCGCCGCCGCCGGCAAGUCCAAGAAGAAGAGCAAAGGCACCACGCUCUCGCUCUCGGAGUUCGCCGGGUUCGUCCCGGGGCGGCGGCAGGCGCCGGCGCCGCCGGAGCCCCGGGGCCUCACCACGGCGGAGAUGAUGAUGCUGCCCACGGGCCCCAGGGAGCGGUCCGCGGACGAGCUCGACCGGCCCCGCGGCCUCGGCGGCGGCUUCCACUCCUACGGCUCCGGGGACCGCGGCGGCGGCGGGUUUGACAACGACGGCCGCCGCGGGCCGCCCGGCAGGGGUUCGGAUCUCGACAUGCCCUCCCGCGCCGACGAGGAUCGCGACUGGUCCAUGAGCAAGAAGUCGUUCGCGCCCUCUCCCGCCGACUCCGGCUCGCGGAGCCGGUACGGCGGCCUCGGGGGUGGCGCGCCCGCGUCCGUCGGCCGCGCCGACGACGAUGGCGACUGGUCGCGCGGGAAGAAGCCGCCGCCGCCGUCAGGCCCGUCGCGCUACCCGAGCCUCGGCUCCGGCGGCAGCGGCGGCGGCUUCCGCGACUCGCCCGUCUCGGCCGACUCCUCCGACCGCUGGUCCCGUGCCGCGCCGAGCAAUGGCGAGCGUGAGAGGCCCCGCAUCGUGCUCGAUCCGCCCAAACGUGAUGCCUCGGCCACCCCUACCCCACCUGCUGAGGCGGGACGCAGCCGGCCGAGCCCGUUUGGAGCCGCGAGGCCACGGGAGGACGUGCUGGCCGAUAAGGGGCUGGACUGGAAGAAGAUGGAAACUGAGAUUGAUCAGAAGAGGACUAGCCGCCCCACCAGCUCGCAGUCGAGCAGGCCAGAGAGUGCUCAAUCGUCACGACCUGGGAGCCCCGGGUCACAAAUACCAGCCACCGGUACUGAAGCCGCACCUAGGGCACGGCCGAAGGCGAAUCCUUUUGGUGACGCAAAGCCAAGGGAGGUGAUUCUGCAAGAGAAAGGGAAGGACUGGAGGAAGAUUGACCAAGAGCUGGAGCAUCGCCGUAUUGAUAGACCGGAGACAAAUGAAGAGAGUGUGUUGAAAGAAGAGAUCAACCUACUUAUGGUGGAACUAAAUGAAAGUGAAGGCAAGAUAAGUGAUGAGGAUGCAAAAGGCCUCUCUGAGAAAAUAACUCAGAUGGAAGAGCAGUUGGAACUUCUUAGAAUUGCGAUGGAUGACAAGAUCAGAUUUUCGCAAAGACCUGGUUCUGGAGCAGGCAGGGUUAUAGCAUCACCGCCAACUAAUUUUGUAGAUGAACCCCAAAUAAAAGAGUCCAUGGAAAGGCCACGUUCCCGCAGUGGCACAGAGCAAUAUCCAAAACCAACUGAAGAAAGAUGGGGGUUUCAGGGGAGCAGAGACAGAGGCUCUUUUGGUGGCAACAGCAUUUCAGAGAGGUCACCCGCAGGACAGAGGUGGUGA